CUUAGCCUGGUGAUUGGCUUUGCGCAGCGUUUAUCUCCUAGCAAGAGGGAAGGGCCAGUGACGCCCCCGAACCCAGCUGCAGAAGCUGCCGCCACCUCCAACGCACAAGGUGUCUCAUCUGAAAAGAAACCUGAGCCCCAGGGAGGAGGCGCUGAGCGACCCUGGCAGAGCUGGCGCGGACGGGGCGAGAGGUCGCUGGGCAGCGCUCGAGGACAAGAGGGAGCUGGGUCACAGAAGACCCCAGCGAUCUGAUCCUGGGAUCCCGGCUCCAAGCUCUCCUAGCAUUUUACAGAUUUCAGCCCCGCGACUAUCUCCCCAAAACGGAGUCUUUAUAUCAAGAGAAGGUGCCGGAGCUGGGGCAACCAGGACUUUCCCGGGCACCCAAGAUGCGCUCCAUUAGGAAGAGGUGGACGAUCUGCACAAUAAGUCUGCUCCUGAUCUUUUAUAAGACAAAAGAAAUAGCAAGAACUGAGGAGCACCAGGAGACGCAACUAAUCGGAGAUGGUGAAUUGUCUUUGAGUCGGUCACUUGUCAAUAGCUCUGAUAAAAUCAUUCGAAAGGCUGGCUCUUCAAUCUUCCAGCACAAUGUAGAAGGUUGGAAAAUCAAUUUCUCUUUGGUCCUAGAGAUAAGGAAGAACAUACUUCGUUUCUUAGAUGCAGAACGAGAUGUCUCAGUGGUCAAGAGCAGUUUUAAGCCUGGUGAUGUCAUACACUAUGUGCUUGAUAGGCGCCGGACACUAAAUAUUUCUCAUGAUCUGCACAGCCUCCUACCUGAAGUUUCACCAAUGAAGAAUCGCAGGUUUAAGACCUGUGCUGUUGUUGGAAAUUCUGGCAUUUUGCUAGACAGUGAAUGUGGAAAGGAGAUUGACAGUCACAAUUUUGUAAUAAGGUGUAAUCUAGCUCCUGUGGUGGAGUUUGCUGCAGAUGUGGGAACUAAAUCAGAUUUUAUUACCAUGAAUCCAUCAGUUGUACAAAGAGCAUUUGGAGGCUUUCGGAAUGAGAGUGACAGAGAAAAAUUUGUGCAUAGACUUUCCAUGCUGAAUGACAGUGUCCUUUGGAUUCCUGCUUUCAUGGUCAAAGGAGGAGAGAAGCACGUGGAGUGGGUUAAUGCAUUAAUCCUUAAGAAUAAACUGAAAGUGCGAACUGCCUAUCCAUCACUGAGACUUAUUCAUGCUGUCAGAGGUUACUGGCUGACCAACAAAGUUCCUAUCAAAAGACCCAGCACAGGUCUCCUCAUGUAUACACUUGCCACAAGAUUCUGUGAUGAAAUUCACCUGUAUGGAUUCUGGCCAUUCCCUAAGGAUUUAAAUGGAAAAGCGGUCAAAUAUCAUUAUUAUGAUGACUUAAAAUAUAGGUACUUUUCCAAUGCAAGCCCUCACAGAAUGCCAUUGGAAUUCAAAACAUUAAAUGUGCUACAUAAUAGAGGAGCUCUAAAACUGACAACAGGAAAGUGUGUAAAGCAAUAAAGCACAUUUUGAAACAAACAAUAUGCACUUCUUUUCUGAAGAUGCUUCCGGAGAUUUGAAAAUAGGAUCCAAAACACGGCUGGGUUUCAGCAUCCACCAAUUAACUGAAAGGUGAAUAAAGGACGUUCAUGAGAAAUCGACUACCAGCUGAUGAAAUACCUGCAAAGUGCUCUAAAAAUUAAAUAUUUUGACUUCAAGGGUCCUAGUAAGUGCCACUUCCACUAAGAAUACAGUUUGAAUGUAUAAUCAGUAGUGUUUACAAGAUCCAACAGUGCACUCAUCAUUAGUUAACAAAGCAAAUAUGUUUAUCACUGUCAGGCUGCCCACAGCAAUGCCAAGCACAUUAGAAGAGGAACCCCAGGAACAUAACUCAGACCUUGGGAAAUUAAACCAUCUUUGUCAGCAGAAACCAAGAUGGAAGCAGUUUGAGCAAUGAAAUCCAUAAGAUUAAACAACUCAAGUAAAUGCCUUCAGUCAGGACACUGAGUCUGAUCAUGAAUUUUAUGUUUUAAUUUAUGUUUUUGUUUGUCUUCUGGAAUCUCUUCUGUUUUGGGUAUUAGGGUGCUUAGAAAUCCUUUCUGAGACACAUAUGAAUGAGGAAAGAAACUUUAAGUAAUUAUUUUUAAAGUUCUUAUACUUUUUAAAAGCUAUCACACAAACUUUUUUUGUUUGUUUUUGUUUUUGUUUU